UCCUCUCCUCAGAUCAUCCUGAAGCUUCAGCCUGGACAGGUAUCUGUUAGCAGUGUUGAGAAUGGAAGUCCAACUAGGUAAAGAGCUGAGCUGUCCCGUGUGUUUAGACGUCUUCAGUCCACCUGUUAUAGAGUUGUGUUGUAGUCAUAACUAUUGCAAGAAGUGUAUUCACCAGACCCUCAUCGCCCAGAACUGCAACAAGCCCCAGGACAAGUUCAUCUGCCCCAUGUGUAGAAAGGUACGACAAGCUGCUCUCUCUAUUCUUCCAAAUGGUACCAUAGUUCCAGUAUCGUGCACUAAUAUUGGUAAAAAAGUAAUGCCAUAAUGUGUGUUGCCAUAAUGCCUGUUGUUGCCUACUCCAGUAUCCUCUGUAAACACCCCCUUUCCUUGGUCAUACGGUAGGUAUCUGACAACCUACACAUUUGGCCAAAUCAAAUCACUGUGUUGUAAGAUAUGAUUGUAACCACACAACCUGUCUAUUGUAGGUGAACAUCUUACCUGACAAGGGACUCAAUGGGUUGAAGAGGAACAUGUUUGUUGAGAACGUCGUGGCGAUAUUGAAAGAAAGGACAGAGAGUAACGAGGCUAAGCAGCAAGCUCUGAAGGAAUUCAUGUGCCCUGAUCAUAAUGAAAUCAUGAAUCUGGUGUGUCUGCAGGAUAACACGUUGAUCUGCGCAGGAUGUAAACUGUUUGGCCACCACAGCAGCCAUGCAGUGUCUAAGCUAUUUGAUGUGUACGAGCAGAGAAAGGAGGGCUUCGCCAAACAGAUGAAGAGUCUGCUGGACAAACAUGAAGCAAACAAAAAAUGCAUUGAGGGUUUGGUUUGCCAGAAGCAGGACCUCCUCUCAUCCUCUAAGGACAUUGAGGCUUUCCUGAAGAAGCUGGGGGACAGUCUGAUCUGGGAGAUCCAGAGGAAGGUGAGCCACAUGGUCACGAAGGUCCACACGGAGUGCUCCAUGAGGUGCCGUUGCCUCCAGGAUGGCAUGGACGAGCUCAGCGCUCCCCAGAAGGUCCACACUGAGAUGAAGAAACAUGUAGAUGGCAGUAAAAGCCCCGUUGACUUCCUGAAGGGGGAGAGGCGUCUGCACAGAGAGGCUGAGAAGGUCCUGGAGCCAGUGGACUGGUCAGCCCAGUAUAGAGAGUCCAUCUCCCUGGGUCAGUACGUAGAGGACCUGAUGUCCGGCAUUGACAUCCGCAGGAUGGGCACCGUGAGAGGGAAGAGCCUGGUCAAGAACAUCUCUCAGGACCUCAAGGCCUGGAGGUCUGGGAGGACCAGCUUUGACCCGACGGCCUACAGGAGUUUGGACGUGAUGCUGACCAAGACAGCCUCCCUGGUGGAGCAGGGCGAGGACGACUCAGAUGACUCAGACUCUGACACCUGUCUCAGCUGGGAGACACACAGCACUUCUGAAGAGGAAGGGGCCACCGGAGACACCAAACAGAAAGCUUGAGAAUACAGCCAAUAUACGCCAAAUAUGCCCCUAU